UGGCUCUACCAGCCGCUCGGCGCCGCCGCCAGCCCCACCCUGCUCCUGUACAUCCACAAGCCGCCCCGCGACGGGUUCAGGAUCGCCGACGGGGUGGACGCCAAGCGGAUCUCGGGCAAGAGGCUGCAGAGCAACGUGUACAGCCUCACCCUGAGCCAGUUCCGCGUGGAGGACCAAGGCUACUACUUCUGCUCCGUCACCGGCAACUCCGUGCUGUUCUUCAGCCCCCUGGUGCCGGUGUCGCUGCCAGCGAAGCCCAACACGACGCCUGCGCCACGGCCACCCACGUCGCCGCUCACCACCGCGUCCCUGCCGCAGUCCACGCGCCCGGAAGCGUGCCGGCCUGGGGCAGGCAGCGCAGGCGGCGCGAAGGCGCUGGACUUCGCCUGUGAUAUCUACAUCUGGGCGCCCUUGGCCGGCACCUGCGCGAUCCUUCUGCUGUCGCUGGUCAUCACCCUCAUCUGCAACCACAGGAACCGGAGGCGUGUCUGCAAAUGCCCUAGGCCCCUGGUCAGAGUCGGAGGCAAGCCCAGCCCUUCAGAGAGAUUCGUCUAACUUGGCGACAGACCCUGCGUGGCAGCCACUACAUGACUUCAGACUGAGCGCGCUCUCAUGUGGACAGCAAGUCCUUCCCUCCCUCCGUUCCCGGCCUGCCUCCCUUCCUUGUGUGUUCUCAUUAUUGUUGUUCUAGGAGGGGGUGGGGUGGGAAGGGUUACUUUUUCUUCAUGUGUUUAACACACAGAGAAACCACAUACGGUCUACGAUACACCACAAGAGUCAUAACAACACUGUGCACACAUAUUGAGGUAAAAGGCAGAAAGGGGGAGGCUAGGGCUACCCAGAAAGCCGUGUUCUCAUGGCUGAUGGAGCUGGAAGUGGUCUCCGGACCCAUUGGCUCCAACACCCUUCCUCACCGAUUUCACAGAGGAGGAAGCGGAAGCCCAGACAGGAGCAGUCCCAUCACACCCCAAGUAGAGACUGGAACCAGACAGAGUGGGAGAACCCUUGUCUUCCAGCUCAGGGCUCUUCCCUCAUUAUUCAGGACUUGUUUUUCUGGGGGGCCUCUGUGUUAUAGUGAGGAGCUCAAGCAUUUCUUGAGCAACUGUGAUACUCUCACUGCUGUUCCCAGAACCCUAAGGAAGUAAAGAAAUAAGGACGACGAGAACUUCUGCUUCACAGUGUUCUAUACAUGUUGUUGCACAAUAGCAGACCUUUUAAAUAAUCAAAUGUAAAACUGUGUAGAGAGAAGGCGGGACAGACCCCAGGGAGACUGAGAGCCCAAGCACACACGUCUUCUCUUACAGUUAGUGUACAAGCAAUGCGGGCUCAGUGGAAGUGAAAACUUAGGUAAGAAAAUAAAAGUCGCCUGUCAUGCUUCACCUGGUAAAAUCCACUGUUGAUGUUACGGUGUACAUUCUUCCGGAUUUUCUAUGCCUAUAUGGAAAAUAUAGCCCAUGUUUUCUUCAAAAAAUAGGAUUGUACUAUGUGUGUGUAAGUGGUUUUAAUAAACAUUUAUAGUAUCUCUAAUUUUAAAAAA